CAGAGCUUCCCACGUGACCAGUCAUUUGACAGGGCAAAACAAAGCAAUAGAUUACAAGAAAAGGCAGACAUGGAGCAUCAGCGGGUCGACAGGGUGGGCCUCCUGUCUCCUCUGGAGGAGUCCAGCGCGGAGAUCAGCAGAGACAGCGGCGUCGUCUCCCAAAGCGCCAGCAGUCUGUCGGUGCUGAGCGACAUUCUGAGCAGCGGCACCGUGUCGCAAAGCCCCAGCUUCGGAGCCGCAGCAGCCGUCCCGCCGAGCUCCAGCCCCGGGACGAGUGGAGGGGACGAGCCCGAGGAGGACGACGGAGUCCUGAGACAAGCAGCUCUCGAUUACUCCUCCUAUCUCAGAGCGACAGCUGGAGAGGAGAUCCUGUGCUUGGAGAAGAGCUUGGAAGAAAUGCUCACAAGAGUGGACGAGUUUGUUGGGAUGCUGGACAUGAUCCGUAAUGAUACCUCCCAGAUAGUGAAUGAAAAUCUACCUCAAAUCCAACAGAAGUCUGACGAGAUGAGACAAAUUUACAGAAGAAUCGACAAAUUAGAGGCCUUCGUGAAGAUGGUGGGAUCCAAUGUCAGCGCAAUGGAGGAGCAGGUGGUGCAGGCCGAGGGAGAACUAGGAACGUUACCCAGUGCUUUUAAGAAGAUCUUCCGCACAGUGACUUCCCCAGGCUUUUUAAACAAACCAGCCAGUCCAAGACGACCAGCAGCACAUCAGCACCGGGAAAUCCCCAGCGUGUUCCGGACAGAUGAUUACUUCACAUCACUGCCAGAGCAGGGACACAGCUGAGCGCUAGAACGACGCAGCGAGGCUCUUUUCAAAAGAGGCUUUCGGGCGGAAACUGUACAGACAACUUGUACUGCCAAAUCACAUGGUGCAGUGGCCUCAAGGAAGCAAUAGUAGCCUUUAUCAAAGACUUCACAGGAAGUCAGAUAUGAGAGGACGCUUCAUUUUUGGGUGUCUUUUUUUUUUUUUUUCUGGCUGCAACAAGCACUGAACUCAUUUUAAAAGUGCCUAAAUGUCUGGCGUUCUGGAGGAGUCUCUGUAAAGAUCUGUAGCUGCAUUCAUGUGUUAAAGACCUGCACGCUUUUAUGACCUGCUUUCUAUUUAUCCUCCAACCUAGAAAUAUUGGUUUGGCCCGAUUUAUGCAUUCAAGUCUUCCAUUUUAAAAUGUCCUUUCUAGCCUUAUCUCAAUGGUUGACAGCUGCCUCACUUGUUUUGGGCUACUACAGUACUUUGAUAGCACCUUUUUCAAGAAAAAAAAAGACAAAGUGAGCACAGACACAAAGAUUUUUAUUUUUUUCAGUGGGAUCUCAUUGCACCCUUUCACACCAAACAGAGCAGCAAUGGUACUUUAAGUAUUUGCCAGAAAAGCUGGUAAACAUUUCUCAUUUCUAUGUUAGUUUUGAUUUACAUUUUUUAAAAUGAUAAUAAAAAUGUAUUUAAGACCUUU